UCCCUUUCUCUGGAAACACAAACAAAAACCCCAAAACAUAAUAGAAGGAAGAAAAAAUUGAAAUGAACAACGAAAUGCUUGGCGAAUCAGAAUUAUUAUCAUUAGAAAAAAAUAAAAGAGUAAAAUCAUUGACUUAUAAAGUCAAAGCAGUUUCAAGAGAAUCUCCAUCUCAAAAAGCUUCACACCUUCUCGAUUUUGACCUCCGAAAUCAUUGGUCAACUGCCACUAAUACUAAAGAAUGGAUUUUACUUGAACUCGAUGAACCUUGUCUGCUAUCACAGAUAAGGAUAUAUAAUAAAUCUGUGUUGGAAUGGGAGAUUUCAGUCGGCUUGCGAUAUAAGCCAGAGACCUUCUCAAAAUCCCGCCCACGGUGUGAAGCGCCUCGCCGUGAUAUGGUGUACCCGAUGAACUAUUCUCCAUGUCGAUAUGUGAGAAUAUCGUGUUUGCGUGGGAAUCCCAUAGCAAUUUUCUUCAUUCAGUUGAUUGGUGUUCCUGUUACCGGUCUUGAACCAGAAUUUCAACCUGUUAUCAAUCACCUGUUGCCGCAUGUUAUUUCUCACAAACAAGAUGCUGAUGACUUUUACCUUCAGCUGCUUCAAGACUUGGCAAAUCGGUUGGUGACAUUCCUUCCCCAGCUUGAGGCAGAUCUUAACAGAUUUUCAGAUACUCCGGAACUUACGCUUCGGUUUCUUGCUAUGCUUGCUGGACCCUUUUAUCCAAUUCUCCACAUACUAAAAGAGAGGGAAACUGCUAAAUCAGGUGGCAAUGCUUCGGACAGCGAAGCAUCUAAGAGUAUUCUUCUGACACCAGCUUUAACAAUUUCUUCUAACUUUGAGCCAAGGAGAUCACGUAACACAAUUUCGACUUCCUUACACAAUUCGACAGUUUUUCGUUCUGAUGCAAUCUUUCUGUUGCUGAGAAAGGCUUAUAGUGAUUCUCAUCUGGGAACUGUUUGUAGAAUAGCCUCUAGAGUUUUACUGAAGCUUGAACGUCCGAACAUGAUGCAUGAAGCAUCUAACUCUUCAUCUGAUGUCACAAUUGAUAAUGAUAAGGACCCAAGUUCUGAGUUACUUGGUGCACUAAAAGUCACAGAUUAUUCAAAUUUAUUUGGGGAGGAGUUCUUGGUAACUGAUGAUCAUUGGGACUUUAAGUAUCUCCAACUUUUAGACAUUAAGGCUGUCGAAGAAGGAAUUUUACACGUGCUUUUUGCCUGUGCAUCCCAGCCUCUGCUUUGCAGCAAAUUGGCUGGAUACAGUUCUCAGUUUUGGUCCACGUUGCCACUUAUACAAGCUUUAUUGCCAGCACUUCGUCCUAAUUUUAGCAGUUCCGGCCAGGUUGAUGACAGUUUCUCUGUGUGGAGACAGCCCUUUGUUCAGCGUGCAUUGUCUCAGGUUGUGCUAACAUCAACCUCUCCCAUGUAUGGUCCCCUGCUUCGAGGAUGUGCUGGCUAUUUGUCAUCUUUUUCGCCAUCACAUGCCAAGGCUGCGUGUGUUCUUAUUGAUCUUUGUACUGGGGUGCUGGGACCAUGGAUGGGUCAAGUGAUUGCAAAGGUAGACUUGGCUGUUGAGCUUAUUGAGGACCUGUUAGGUGUAAUUCAUGGUGCCCAUAAUGCGUUAGCUGAUGCACGUGCUGCUCUCAAAUAUAUUGUAUUGGCAUUAUCUGGACAUAUGGAUGAUGUGAUGGCAAAAUAUAAGGGUGUUAAACAUCAGAUUCUCUUUCUUCUCGAAAUUCUAGAGCCUCUUCUUGAUCCAGCUUUAACCCCCUUAAAGAGCACGAUAGCCUUUGGAAACGCAUCUCCAAUAUUUCUUGAUAUUCAGGAGCAGAAUUGCAGUGUUGCAUUAAAUGUGAUCCGGGCAGCGGUAACUAAAUCUGCCAUUCUUCCCUCCUUAGAGUCUGAAUGGAGGCGGGGUUCAGUUGCUCCUAUUGUACUUCUCUCGAUUUUGGACCCCCACAUGCAAUUGCCACCGAAUGUUGACCUUGGGAGAUUUCCAGCUUCUGAAACCAUAGAUGCUCAACUGCCAGACGCCUCCUCUCUUUCUUCUGCUUCUCUUAAUGGAGCCGCUGCUUUAAAGAUUGACCAAGAAGGUACCGAUGGAAAAAUAGAAGUUUCUGAUACUGCAUCUAAACUAGAAACUUUUGAUGAUGUCAGCAUUCUUUUUGCGCCACCUGAAGUCAGGGAUAUGUUGCUUACAACUGCUUCUGGUGUUCCCGAUCAAACAAGCUCAGAUCAGAGCCAUAGCAAUAACAAUAACAAUGCAGAAGAGAAACAUUUAGUCGAUGAAAAAGUGGUCACCAAUUCUGGUGCUGUUGAGUAUUCUGAGUUGCAAACUGAGUGUCUGCAGCUUAUGAAUUAUGGAGAUUGUGAGUUGUGGGCCUCUGAGUUUAGACGGGUGGCUUGUGAUUUGCAUUCACAUAGUGAUGUUACCCCUGAGGGUCAUAAUGCUGCCAUAGAUUCUCUGCUAUUGGCUGCAGAGUGCUACACCAAUCCCUUCUUUAUGAUGUCUUUCAGAAACAAUCCUAAGUUAACCCCAGAGAAAAUAAUUAACAAGACCAAUAAUAGCUAUGGCUUUGCAGAAAUUAGAAGAAUUUUAGAAAAAAGUGAUGAUAAUUUGGAAACUAUAGCUUUCCUUGAGAAGAAAAGGGACAAAAUAGUUAUUGAAAUUCUUCUUGAAGCUGCCGAGUUAGAUCACAACUAUCAAAAGACGUUACCAGAUAAUGAUGAGAAUGAGGAUAUGCAGUUUUCUGAGCAAGAUACGUUAUCCAUGGAUGCAAUCACUUUAGUUCGACAAAAUCAAUCAUUGUUGUGCAACUUUUUGAUAAACUCUUUGCUUAAAGAGCAGCACUCAAUGCGUGAGAUUCUUCUGCAGAGUUUGGUCUUUCUGUUGCGCUCUGCAACUAAACUUAGUUGUCCUUCUGAGCGUAUAAUUGAUAUCAUUUUAGAUUCUGCUGAAUAUUUGAAUGAUCUGCUUGUAUCCUAUUGUCACCAAGGGAUUUUGCAGUUGGAAUUGAUUAAGGUACAUGAGGUGGAACGCCACUGGAUGCUUCUUCAAAGAUUGGUGGUAGCUUCAAGUGGAGGUGAAGAAGGGCGGUUUUGCAAUUUGAUUCCUUCCUCCGCGUGGGUGAAGAAAAUAUCUUCCUUUUCUUCUUCUUCAUCUCCUCUGGUUCGGUUUAUUGGAUGGAUGUCAGUAUCUCGUAAUGCAAAACAAUAUCAGAAGGAAAGACUAAUUCUUGCUUCCGAUUUGUCCGAAUUAACAACUUUGUUAUCGAUUUUCAGUGAUGAUCUAGCUGUUGUCAAAGACACUCUUGACAAAAAAGACGAGUCUUUUCGUGUGAUCUAUCCUGAAAUUAGCCAUUUUUUUCCGAACUUAAAGACGCAGUUUAAAGCGUUUGGGGAGAUGAUAUUGGAGGCUGUUGGUUUGCAUUUGAGAGUUCUUCCUUCUAGUGUUGUACCAGAUCUGUUAUGCUGGUUUUGUGACUUCUGUUCAUGGCCCUUCCUACAAGAAGAAGCUUCUAAAAGACGUUCCCUGUUUAAGGGCUUUUAUGCAAAGAAUGCAAAAGCAGUCAUUUUGUACGUACUUGAAGCGAUUGUGACUGAACACAUGGAACCAAUGGUGCCUGAAAUUCCUAGAGUUGUACACAUACUCCAAUCCUUGUGUAAAACUGCAUAUGCUGAUGUGGCACUUCUGGAUUCGGUUUUGGGUUUGUUGAAACCAAUCAUCUCUUAUUCCUUGAGGAAGGCAUCCAAUGAGGAAAAUCUUGAUUUUGAGUCUUUGUGUUUUGAUGAGCUUUUUAGUAAUCUAAGAGAUCAUUCUGAGAAUCCAGCUCCAUAUAGCAGGGCUCCAACAAUUCAUGUUUUGGCCUCGGUUUUCCUUGACUUAUCACUACAAAGGGAAUGUGAGAUAUUGCAAUCUUUUGUAUCUUGGGCUGAUUUUGCUACAUCUGAACCAACAACGUCCUUCUAUGAUUACCUUUGUGCAUUUCAGUUGGUAAUGGAAAGCUGCAAAAGUUUAUUAGUUGAAAGAUUACAAGUAUUGGAUGUCAUUCCCAUUGAUAAUAAUUCUCAGUCACAUUCAUUCUUAAUUGAUGCUUUUCGAAGUGACAUGAAUUCUGCUUCGACUCUAAAGGGUCAUCAGUUGUCUGUGGAAGAAAUUACAGAAUUCUCCAAAGAUCUGGAAGGUCUUAUCUUCAAGCUUCAUCAAACUAUCGAGUUAUGCUGGAAACUUCAUUAUCAACCAGCUAAAAAACUCGCUGUCACAUCAUCUCAAUGUUUUGUAUACUCAAAAUGCUUAUUGUUAGUGUUAGAACAAGGGUCACAUAGUUUGGUAGAUCAUUAUCAUUGGAAGGCGAGUCUUGAACAACUUGCUGAAAUAGUUCUUAAAUUGCAAGAAAACAGAUGCUGGGAGGUUGCGUCUACAGUUUUUGACUGCAUACUUGAAGCGCCUCGUUUUUUAGGUUUUGAUAGAGUAAUCAGCCCCCUUUGUUUAGCAAUGCAGAAAUUUUCACAGAAUGCACCAAAAGUUUCUUGGCGGUUGCAGACUGAUAAGUGGUUGUCAUCGUUAUUUGAUGGAGGCAUCGAGAGUCUUCAUGAAAGUCAACAUCUUCUAGUUGAUCUUCUAUCUUUAAUGAUGGGUCAUAUUGAACCAGAACAGCGCUUUAUUGCACUGAAACACUUGGGGAACUUGGUCGGCGCUGAAGCCGACAGUGAAAUAAUAAUCGAUCAAGCUAAUUCAUGUGAGUUAGGUUAUAUUGUCUCAAAUCUGUGGGAUCGCAUAAUUGUGGUUGCAUCGUCUGACAUGUCACCUCUUUUGAGAACGCGUGCGAUGGCCCUUCUAGUUAAGUGUGUUCCGUUUGCGGAGAGGCCACAAUUACAAUCUGUUCUUGGGGCCGCUGAUAGUUUCCUUCCGUGUUUAGUUAGCCUUGGUCAAAAGACAUGUGAAGGCCCAUUUGUGCAACUUUCAUUAGCUCUUAUUGCCACUAUCUGUUUGUACUCUCCUGCUGAAGAUGUUUGUCUGGUUCCUCAAAAUAUUUGGAGAAAUAUUGAUACUUUGGGUCUAUCAGAAGGAAAGCAUGAAGAUCUUGUUCGAAGUGCAUGUCAAGCUCUACGUAAGCUUAAAACUGAAGGUGAUGAAGCAAAAGCGACUCUCAAGGGAGUUCUCACAUCAAAUAUUUCAAAAGAAGAUGACCCAAAUUUUGGAACUACACGCGAGUCACUUCUUCAGGUUCUUGCGAAUUUGACCUCUGUACAGUCAUACUUUGAUUUCUUCUCCAAGAAAUCUGACGAGAAACUUAUGGAAAUUCAGGAGGCUGAAAUUGAAAUGGAUUUAAUACAGAAAGAGCAAUAUAUUCAGGAUUCAUCUAAUGAUUACACAGAUUGGAGGAAGCUUCCUUUUCUGGCUGGUUAUGAAAAAGAAGAUAGACGCCUUCAAGAAAUCAAGGAUGAGAUUCAGUCGCUUGAAAAAGCGAAGCUUAGGGAAGAAGUUAUAGCCCGCAGACAGAAGAAGUUGCUAAUAAGAUGUGCACGGCAGAAGUACUUAGAGGAGACGGCUCUACAUGAAGCAGAGCUCCUUCAGGAACUUGAUAGAGAAAGGGCAGUUGAAAUGGAAAACGAGAUUGAGAGACAAAAAUUGCUGGCUGCCGAGCGUGCGAAAACCAGGGAGCUUCAGCACACUCUUGAAAUGGAGAAAGAAAAGAAAACACAAAGGGAAAUCCAACGAGAACUAGAGCAGGCUGAGUCCGGUCUCCGACCAGGGUCAAGAAGGGAAUUUUCUUCUACUAGUAGUCGCCCACGAGAAAGAUACCGGGAAAGAGACAAUGGUAGAUCAACAAACGAAGGCAACUUGAGAACAAGUGGUGGUAGUGGUGGUUUCCAGCCCGAUAUAACAAAUCCGAGCUCUUCAAUGUCAGCCACGCCAACCAUUGUUCUGUCUGGGUCACGCCAAUUUUCAGGUCAACCGCCAACACUUAUACAAUCUCGUGAUCGCCAAGAUGAAGGUGGUAGUGGUUAUGAAGAAAACUUUGAUGGUAGUAGAGACUCGGGUGACACAGGCAGUGUUGGGGAAGCGGAUUCAGUGACGGCAUUAGAGGGGCAAUCUGGUAAUUUUGGGUCUGCCCAACGAAAUGUUUCGAGGGGGAACAAGUCAAGACAGAUGAUAGAUAGGAGAGAACGAGAUGGAAGGCGUGAAGGGAAAUGGGAAAGAAGACAUUAACAUAAUUAGUCAAGUGUUGUAAGAAAUUUGUUUAGGUUAUGUUAAUAGGUGUUUAUUUUAUGUGAUUGACUAGCUUUAAGGUAUUGUUGUCGUAGUUAACAUGAUUAAUUUGUAAUCAGGCCCGUCUAGUUUCAUUAUGUAUCCCAUCUUCAACUUGGAUGGAGAUAACCAUUGGAUUAAAAUGCUGUACUUGAAAUGUAAAACCUUGUAACCAUUAUCUUUAAAUAGAUCAAAUCGCUACUACUACUUCAAGCAGUAGCUGGUUGGGAUUAGUUUUUCAUA